AUGGUGAAAAGACAAGAAAAGCGGAGACAUGUGGUUGAAGCUGUCAGGCUUCACCCUCCUGAAACUGCAAAGGCUAUUGUAGCGAACGCUGUUCGUGCGAUGCCGCAUAGCGUUCGAUUGUGGAUGAAAACUGCUGAGAUCGAAACUGAUUUGAAAGCGAAGAAGAAGGUCUUCCGUAAAGCCUUGGAACAAAUUCCUACUUCUGUUCGACUUUGGAAAGCUGCCAUCGAACUGGAAGAGCCAGACGAUGCGCGUGUUUUGCUCACUCGUGCGGUGGAGUGCUGCAGUUCGAGCACGGAACUUUGGUUAGCUCUGGCUCGCCUCGAGACGUACGAAAAUGCACGAAAAGUUCUCAACAAGGCUCGCGAACACAUACCAACCGAUCGUCAAAUUUGGCUUUGUGCUGCUCGCUUAGAGGAAACUCGUGGUCAAAAGGACAUGGUUGAUCGAAUAGUGCAAAAGGCGCUGACUUCUUUAACCGCAAAUAUGGUGGAGUUGAAUAGGGAACACUGGAUGAAAGAUGCGAUUGAUGCCGAAAGAGCCGGUUGUACUCUCACUUGCCAGGCCAUUAUACGUCAUGUGAUUGGAGCCGGUGUCGAGGAUGAAGAUAAAAAAGCGACAUGGCUUGAGGACGCUGAUUCCUUUGCAAAACAGGGAGCACUUGCAUGUGCCCGUGCUGUGUACGCGCACGCACUGCAAAACGUGGAGAAAAGAAAAGGAAUCUGGUUGGCUGCUGCACAUUUCGAAAAAACGCAUGGAACUACUGAAGAGUACGAGAAGUUGUUGGCUGAUGCGACGGCUUCUUGUCCACAAGUCGAAGUGCUGUGGCUGAUGUACGCGAAGUCAAGGUGGCUACACGGCGAUGUCGCCGGUGCUCGAGAAAUUCUAGCAAAGGCGUUCGAGCAUAAUGCUAAUUCUGAAGGUAUCUGGAUGGCCGCCGUGAAAUUGGAAUCUGAAAACAAUGAAUUCGCAAGAGCCCGUCGUCUGCUCGAAAAAGCACGUCGUAACGCUCCUUCGGCGCGAAUAUGGAUGAAGAGCGCCCGACUUGAAUGGUGUCUAGGCGAUUUAGACAAAGCUAAAGAGCUCAUCAAGGAAGGCCUGUCCAAGUAUGUGGAUUUCGCGAAGUUCUACAUGAUGUUGGGACAAAUUCUUCUGCAGGAAAAUAACCCUGAGGAGGCUCGAAAGGUUUUCACUGAAGGAAUCAAGAGAUGCCCUGGCGCUGUUCCUCUUUGGAUACUUUUAAGCCGUCUCGAGGAAUCACAAAAGCAAAUCAUCAAAGCCAGAUCUGAUUUGGAAAAGGCUCGUAUCCGUAAUCCACGAAAUGAAGACCUAUGGUUGGAAUCUGUGCGACUCGAGAUGCGCGCCGGUUUGCGUGAGCUCGCUUCUGAGCGAUUGGCCAGGGCCCUGCAGGAGUGUGAGAGUUCAGGACGGCUGUGGGCAGAAGCAAUUUGGAUGGAGGAGCGACAUGGUCGACGCUCGAAAUCGGUGGACGCUCUCAAGCGAUGCGAGCACAAUCCGCACGUGAAAAAGGCUCGAGAAUGGUUCCAAAGGGCAAUUAAUGUAGAUCCAGAUAACGGGGACGCGUAUGCACAUUGCUACAAGUUUGAAUUGUUACUUGGCACUGAGGAAGAACAGCAAAAAGUGAUCAAGAAGUGUGAGGACGCAGAGCCGCGACAUGGUGAGUUAUGGGUAGCUGUCUCGAAGGAUCCAAAACAUUGGCGGAAGCAAACUGCAGAGAUCUUGAAAACAGUUGUUACAAAUAUUCCUAUACCUGUAUAG